AAAUAUGUAUGAAACUGAAGCAGUCUUGCUCCAACUUCUGAUGUUGUUUCAGUCCCUCGCGUCAAAGAGAGACGAAGAGUCAUAAAGAACUCAGCCACCUGAAAUGGCGUGUAGACGUGCUGUCUCCACCACGGCAACUCUUGCCAAGAGACGUUUCCACCCUUCUUUGAGUCAUGUUCUACAUGAUAACAAUGAGGAUACUAAAUCUCAUUCACUGAGUUCAAGCACUCAACCCAACAUGACGAGUACUUUUCCUAGUGGAUCUUACAACUCGACAAUUGGAUUUAGUUUUGGAUCUCAAAGUAGAGGGAGGGCAGGCUCAUCAUUGGCUUGGAAAAUGGGCAUUGGUUCCUUUCAUUUUAGGCAUAUGUCAACCUCGAUCGGUGAUGGGUUGAAUAAGGUGGAUGACAUUGGAUUUGUUGGGGAUGUUAUUACAAAUAAGAUUGGUGAUGGGUCUGAUAAGAUGGAUGCCAUUGGUUAUGUUGCAGAGGUUAUCACAAAUAAGACAGCGGAGGUAGUAACCUCCCAAGGAGCUGCUGCAAGUGAAGUGGCUGUAGCUGCAGCUGAUUCUUUCCUCCCUGUUUUUGCCCUACAGCACUUGAUCGAUUUUGUUCAUAGUCUGACGGGAUUGAAUUGGUGGGCGUCAAUUGCGUUAACAACUGUUUUAAUUCGAACAGCUACGCUUCCUCUUCUAAUUGGUCAACUACGGGCUACUUCAAAGCUGACCUUGAUGAGGCCUCGUUUAGAGCAGUUAAAACAGGAGAUGCAAAAUAUGGCAACAGAUCCUGAAUUUUUAAGAGAAGGUCAGAAACGAAUGAUGGCAUUGUUCAAAGAAUACGGAGUCACUCCAUUUUCUCAAUUGCAAGGAAUAAUUAUUCAAGGUCCUAUUUUCAUCAGCUUUUUCCUAGCUAUUAGAAACAUGGCUAUGAAAGUACCAUCUUUUCAAAAUGGUGGAGCACUCUGGUUUACUGAUCUGACAACUCCAGAUAGCUUGGUGAUCCUUCCAAUACUGACAGCAAUGACAUUCUGGAUCACAGUUGAGUGGAACAUGCAGGAAGGUCUUGCUGGAAAUCCUGUUGCCAAAACUAUGAAAACUUAUUCUAGAAUCCUAGCUGUCAUUGCAAUUCCAGUUAUGAUGGGCAUCCCUAAAGCACUGUUCUGUUACUGGCUCACCUCCAACAUUUUCUCCCUUACAUAUGGAUUAGCAAUUAAGACUCCAAAGGUGAAGCAAUUACUUAAUCUUCCCGAAAUUCCGAAGCCACCUCCUGCUGCAUCACAGCCUCCAUUUCCUUUGUUUGAAGCAGUUAAGAAAGAUAUUACCAUCGAAUCCGAACCAUCUUUACCCACAGAGACAUCAAAGAAGGAUUCUGACAGAAGCAUAUCAUCUUCGUCAAUUCUCAAGCAGAGACUCAAAAGUCUCGAAAAGCAUGUCAAUGGGAAAAAGAAACGAAAUUAGUCAAAGAUCUAUCUGAACUCCUCCCCUUGUGAACGGAUCUCCACUUUGUGAAGUAAUGGACUCGGCACAACAAUAAUGUGCUAAUCUGUUAGUCUCAGAGGUCAUAAACUAGGACUAGACGCCGAAUAAGUCGGUUAACAAUGGAUAGAGAGAACAAAUUCUUAGGUAUAAAAUUUUAAUUUGUUUCUAUCUAUAUUGACAUCAAACUUCAUUUUUUGUACCUCUCUCAAAAUACUGACCAGUCAUUACCUUGGCAAUUAAACACCUCUAUAUCAUCAGAGGCAGACAUU